AUGUGUGCUGCAAAAUCAGAUGGUAAACCGGAUGGUAAACGAAAUGUCAAACCAGACGUCAAAUCAGUCACCAAGCCGGACGUCAAACUGGACAUCAAACCGGAAGACUCUGUCAGCCAAUGUGGGAGCAAGACUUCCGCAGCUACCUCGACUUCUAGUUCGAGUACCCAUUUACGAGCCAAGGCAAUGGCCAAGCGUGCAGCCCUUGCAGCAGCGGCUAAGGGAUUGCAACUUCAGCAAGAACUAGAGGCAGAGCAACUUCGCUUAAAGCAGAAGCAGGCACUUUUGGAACUCCAGACUAAACUUGAGAUUGCCAAGGCUGAAGAGAUGAUCUACAAUGAACUCUAUGAAGAGAAUGAUGAUAAGAAGUCACAAACAAGUCACACCAAGAAUACCACUCAAGAACACACUGACUCUGGCUUAGAUACUAACCCUCAAGGUCAAGGUAAAGGUCACGUUAAAUUGGAACCAAAUCUAGAUGACACAAUUCCUUAUCCAAUUUCAGCAAGAUCGCCCUCAUUCGGGCAAGCUGAAGGACAAUACCAGAUGCCAGAUAACUUCCAACAGAUGUCCCAGGCUCAACUCAAUAAUCAACGUCUUCUAGAGGCCAUAAGUUUGUCCAACGCAGAUGUCUUCAAGUUCAAUGGGGACCCAUUAAGAUACUUUGAAUUUGUCCGAUCUUUCGACAACCUCAUUGGACGUUCAGCACUCGACAAUGGUGCUAAGCUCUUGAGGCUGUUUAACAGUUGCGAAGGAGAACCGAAGAAGAUCGUUCAGUGCUGCAUGAUUAUGGACCCUGCUGUUGGAUAUCACAAGGCCAGGACACUCUUAGAAGACAGAUUUGGGAGUAGAUUUAAGAUCAGUCAAGCAUGGGUGAGAAAGGUCACAAGCGGACCAAACUUGAGACCUACUGACAAAUCAGGACUACAGAGAUUUUCUGAUGACCUCAAGAUCUGCAACACCACCCUUCAAGCAUUGGGAAUGAUGUCUGAGAUGAGCAACCAACAACAUAUGAUGAAGAUCAUUGAGAGGUUGCCGUAUUACUUGAAGAGUAGAUGGCUACGAGUCGUGAAGGACAUUCGUCACCAUGGACGUGCACCAAACAUCACUGACGUGGUUAACUUUGUCUCGGAUGCAGCUGAAGAGGUAAAUGACCCUGUGUUUGGAGCCUUGGUAGAGGUCAAGAGAGAAUAUCCUCCCUCUAGACAGCCUGUUAAGCAGAAGACUACUACUAGUUCCUUCACAACAUCUGCAGAUGACAAUAACAACAAGACAUUCAAGCGCAAAUGUUAUUUGUGCAAAGCGGAACACGGUCUCUUUGGAUGUGAUACGUUCAAGAAGAUGACUCCUGCUGAAAGAUUGCAGUUUGCGAAGAAGGCUGGUGUCUGCUUCAAUUGCCUGGUCAAAGGUCACAUGACAAAGGAUUGUUAUUUGAAGAGGACUUGUACAGUUGACGGAUGUGGCAGGAAACACACAAAGUUCCUUCACAUAGCUCCUGGUAAACAACAGCAAUCAGGAAAUUCCCAACAACCAGCUCAGUUUGAUUCUCAAGCCCAGCCUGAUCAGCAACCUCUUGGUACACAAAGUCACGUCACAGGGGCCGGUAAAUUGAAGGUGGCUCUUCCCAUUCUACCAGUACGGGUCUAUUCAACUGAGGAUGACUUUACUGUUGACACAUUUGCCAUGCUUGAUCCAGGUUCGACGACCUCCUUCUGUACAGAAGACUUACGCAAAAGACUUCGUGCUACCGGGAAGAAAAGAACACUUUCUCUGUCAACUCUGGAGCAUGCAAACAACCAGUUGGAAUGCCUGGAAAUUAGUCUUACAGUUCAGGCCCAUGAUACAGAUGAACUCGUCACCCUUCCUCAUGUUUACACCAAGAAGGCUAUCAAUAUAAGCUGCAACAAUGUAAGUCAAGAAGACAUAACAAGAUUUCCUCAUCUCAAGGAUUUGAAUAUCUUAGAUUCUACCAGCUUCGUGAAGGUCGACUUAUUGAUUGGCCAAGACACCCCUGAGGCAUUGAUUCCUUUGGAAGUACGACGAGGGUAA